AGUUCCCACAAGUCAUUGCGCGCGUACGUUCGUGCUGGGCAUUAUGGCGUCUCCUUGAAGCGUAGAAUAAUCGCAAGUAUUUUGUUGACAAGCAAUUAAGCUUUGAAAAGAUGGCAGCUGACUCCGCAGACAGGAAGGUCGCCGACUCCUCCGGAAGCAAAGACCGGGAGAGAAAGCGCAGCCGAUCACGUGAUCGCAAAGGGUCACCUUCACGCAAACGCCAUCGCUCUCGUGAGCGAAACCGCUCCAAAUCUCCGGAAAGAGACCGGCGCAUGAAAGACAAGGACAGAGACAAGGACCGGGAUCGAGACAAAGACAAGGACAGGGGUCGCAAGGACAGAGACAGCCACCGGCGAGAUAAAGACCGGAAGAGGUCCAGAAGCCUCUCACCAAAGUCUAAGGAUAGGGUAAAGAAAGAGAAAGAGAUAAAAACAGAGGAGGAAGAAGAUGACAAAAAGAAGAAAGAAAAGGUCCAGCCGUUGUCUCUUGAGGAGCUUCUGGCCAAGAAAAAAGCAGAGGAGGAAGCUGAAGCUAAGCCCAAAUUCCUCUCGAAAGCGGAGCGAGAAGCCGAGGCUCUGAAGCGCAGAGAGCAGCAGGUGGAGGAGAGGAAGAAGAUGCUGGACGAGGAGCGCAAGAAGCGGAGGGUGUUUCAGGAUAUCGGCAGGAAAAUGCUGGAGGACCCUCAAGAGAGGGAGCGACGAGAACGGAGGGAGCGAAUCGAGCGCGAGAACAACGGGAACGAGGAAGACGAUGGGCGGCAGAAGCUCAGAGAGGAGAAAGACAAAGGCAAAGAGCUCCAAGCCAUCAAGGAGCGUUAUCUGGGCGGCAUCAAAAAACGGCGGCGGACUCGUCACCUGAACGACAGGAAGUUUGUUUUUGAGUGGGAUGCCUCUGAAGACACGUCGGUGGACUACAACCCCAUAUACAAAGAGAAGCAUCAGGUGCAGCUGUACGGCCGCGGCUUCAUCGCCGGCAUCGACCUGAAGCAGCAGAAACGGGAGCAGUCGCGCUUCUACGGCGAUCUGAUGGAGAAAAGACGCACGCUGGAGGAGAAGGAGCAGGAGGAGACGAGACUGAAGAAGGUGCGAAAGAAGGAAGCCAAGCAGCGCUGGGACGACAGACACUGGUCCCAGAAGAAGCUGGACGAGAUGACGGACCGAGACUGGAGGAUCUUCAGAGAGGAUUACAGCAUCACCACCAAAGGAGGAAAGAUCCCCAACCCCAUCAGGAACUGGAAGGAGUACGCUCUGCCCGCUCACAUCCUGGAGGUCAUCGACAAGUGUGGCUACAAGGAACCUACGCCCAUUCAGAGGCAAGCCAUCCCCAUCGGCUUGCAGAACCGCGACAUCAUCGGUGUGGCAGAAACUGGCAGCGGUAAAACAGCUGCUUUCCUCAUUCCUCUGCUCGUCUGGAUCACAACGCUCCCAAAGAUUGACAGGAUCGAAGACUCGGAUCAGGGUCCUUACGCUGUGAUUUUAGCCCCGACUCGUGAGCUGGCGCAGCAGAUCGAAGAGGAGACCAUAAAGUUCGGGAAGCCUCUCGGCAUCCGAACGGUGGCUGUGAUCGGAGGCAUCUCCAGAGAGGACCAAGGCUUCAGGCUCAGGAUGGGCUGCGAGUUUCAGACCGUCAUGUUCACCGCCACCAUGCCUCCAGCCGUGGAGAGGCUGGCCAGGAGCUACCUGCGGCGUCCCGCGGUGGUCUACAUCGGAUCGGCCGGAAAACCUCACGAGAGGGUGGAGCAGAAGGUCCUGCUGAUGUCAGAGGGCGAGAAGAGGAAGAAGCUGCUGGAGGUUUUGUCGCACGGCUUCGAGCCUCCCAUCAUCAUCUUCGUCAACCAGAAGAAGGGCUGCGAUGUGCUGGCCAAGUCUCUGGAGAAGAUGGGGUACAAUGCGUGCACUCUGCACGGUGGCAAAGGCCAGGAGCAGAGAGAGUUCGCCCUCUCCAACCUCAAAGCAGGAGCCAAAGACAUCCUGGUGGCCACAGACGUUGCUGGUCGAGGUAUUGACAUCCAGGACGUGUCCAUGGUCAUCAACUACGACAUGGCCAAGAACAUUGAAGACUACAUCCAUCGUAUCGGUCGUACGGGUCGUGCCGGUAAGAGCGGCGUGGCCAUGACUUUCCUGACCAAAGAGGACUCGGCCGUGUUCUAUGACCUGAAGCAGGCCAUCCUGGAGAGCCCGGUGUCCACCUGCCCCCCGGAGCUCACCAACCAUCCCGACGCUCAGCACAAGCCUGGAACCAUCCUGACCAAGAAGAGGCGCGAGGAGACCAUCUUCGCCUGAUUUUCUUACCCUUUUUUUUUUUAAUCAUGAAGAUAUUUCUCUGAUUUCCAGUCAGGAUUUGGUGAUGUUUUUUUUUUUUUUUAAAUGCUGGUAAAAACACAUGAUCUGAACUGGUUACAGUUUGGUUUGUUCAGCGCUGUAUAUAAACAUCAAACAUAAACAACAGUUGUGGUGAAAAGCAGUCGUAAUCUCCUCCAUGUAAUAAAGAUGAGCUUUUUCAGCUCCGUCUCUUGGUUAAAAAUCCCUGACACUGUUUUAAAAUAAAUAUUUGUACGAUGUGACAACAAAUUUAAAACAUGUUUGUCUCUUUAAAGUCUGAAUACUGUUUGAGAGUGGAGAUUAAAGAAGGGGAAGUUGGAGUCA